AUGAUAUUGCACAUGAUAAUUCAGCUUGUUCGUCUGUUUAUUGCAAGUUUGUUGUUUCUUGUCUUACUCACUUCUGCUGCGAGCUCUAGCACUGACACAAAUGUUCAAAAAGAUCCUCGUAUGCCCCAUACUGACCUCCAUGGUCUAUCAAAGAUUGGCCGAGGUGUAGAAGAGGAGAUCCAAAAGAAUUUAGGUAACAGUGAACGAAGCAGAAAAUGGAUUCCAGAAGAAAUUCCAUUGCGACGUAAAGUAAGUAUGGAGGGCAUCAGUAUGUUUGAGGAAAUAAAGAGAAACCACCGCCACAAACAAGAAAAUCAAUAUACUCAAAAGAUGAAUGUUCAUGGUCGUGAUCCAGCUAGUAAAAUGAGUAAAGUACGUACUUAUUGGCAUAACACUAUGGACGCAAAACGUGAAAGAGCCAUCAAGAAAAAGGAGAAACAUAUUCAAGUACUUAAUAAAGUAGGAAGAGAUGCGGCUUUGUACAGAGAACAUGGUUUACUGAGCUCUGAAGACCAACAUGAAAUCGUGGGGAUCAAAACCGACGAUUCACAUAAGCUUGGAUACAAAUGUCCAAUGCCUGGUUGUCAAAACUCCUGA